AAAAUAGUUAUAAACUUUCCGAAAUUAAAAAAUUUCCGUAAAUGAAAUAAAUUUGCUAAAAAAGGGGAAUAACCACACAAACGCAGAAUUGGCUCAUAUGCCAAUUUAACGUUUACUGUUGGAUGUUGUUGAUGACCACGGUUUGGUUGAUUUAAAUCGCUUUCAGCAAAGUUUCCAUAAUCGCGUCGCGCAACAUUUAACCGACGCAUGAAAAGCACGAGUCACGCUUAAUACAAUCGCCGAGUUUGGAGGAAAGAAUUUGUGAGGAAGAAAUCUUCAAAAUAUAAUUGUUUGCGCGACCCUUUACUGCACUGUUAGUGGACAAUGUCGUCGAAAAAGAUAUCCUCGAACGCAGUGACUUCAAAGCCGGCGCGUGCGAAGACCACAAUCCGUUGGGAAAAACAACUUGACGAACCUGAAAAACUAGGUUGGACUUUAACUGUACCUAUGCCGAAAAAAUACAAAGUUUCCAAGCGUACGAACAAUUUAGCCAAACCAAUUCGCCGUGACGUCGCACAUCUCUCAAAACCGUUUCCGACACAGAUCCCUCCUGGCGUUUUAAAACAUAAGGCCAGUAAACGUAUACUUGAAUUAUCCGAACCUAGGCAUGUGGCGGAUCCAUUUCCAUUAAAUGUGAGAACGAAUCCGUUUGUUGUCUCGCCAGGCGCUCUUAAAUAUAAAGCAACUAAACGAACUAAAGAGCUAGCUGAAGCAAAAGAGUAUGUAAACAAUCAUACACGCGAUGAUCCAUUUGGAAUUUCACCGGCCGCUCUUAUAGCGAAACCCAAACAGCGCAUCAUUGAAUUAGCCAAACCGAAAAAUAUUCAUUUUUUACCAUCGAUCUUUUAAACAUCAACACAUUAUUCCCUUUUAAUG